AUGGCGGAUCAAUUUGAUACUAACUUAGAUUUCGAUAUAAUCGAUAUGGAAUUAAAUCAAGCAAAUGCUGCAACUAUAACACACGUGAUUGAGAAUAGUUUUGUUGAUCUAGAUAGCAUUUACUUCAUUUCUCCUACCACAACUUUCAAUUCCGAUCAAGGCGACUUAACCGAACGUGCAAUAAGGAUAUCCUCCACACGACAACCUCCUUCCUCAAUCUUUAGCAAUAGACCUGCCAAGAAAUCGGCCACAACGCCAACUAUGGCGAGGAGACGAAAACGUAAGCCUCCAACCGGUGAACAACGUGAAGCAGCUAAUAAUCGCGAAAGGAGACGUAUGAAUGUUAUGAAUAGUGCUUUCGAUACUUUACGCCAACACUUACCAACUUUCUCUUACGAGACUAAACUAUCUAAAAUCGAUACCUUAAAAUUAUCUAUCUAUUAUAUUAAUUUUAUGUGUAAGCUGUUGCAAGAUACAGCUAACCUUGAUGGCCAUGAGCAAAUUGAUGCUAAUAAUUUAGCGAAUUUACAGAGCUAUCUAUCAUGA